AUGAGCGCCGAUUCCGAUACUGACUACGGAAACACCGAUCUCAAUACCGACGGAGGCAGCGUUGAUGAUACCGAUGAAAUGAACGAAGACAUCAAUGAUCAUAAUGAAACAACACUACCACCAACAACACUACGGUCGGGGGGGUUCAGUUUUGCCACUACACACCGGAAUCCGAGCCAAGUAAUUACUGAAAGCACUAUUCCACUCCGACAUCUAGCUAGGGAGGGAGUUAUAGAUCUGGGCGACACUCUAGUUAUGGAAUUAUUUGAGGAAUCCGAGAUAUUAGAGUUGAAGGAGCUCAUUCCUGAGGUCCAAAAACCAGAUGAGCAUUUUGCCCGAUCAUUGGGUAGGUUUUGGGGGGCCAAGUCAAACACGUUCAGGGAGAUCCUCGAGACAGUACCUUAUCGCGAAGAAAAUGUGACCUAUCAAAGGGAGAUACACGCUGAUGCUGAGAUCAGGUUAUACGAACGUCAUCCAAACCUGAACAACGUGGAAGCCAAAGAAGGUUGGCUCGACUCGAACAUUUGGGCUAUGCUCAUCGAUUCUUGUGUCGUCGGUCACGAUGGGCUAUUCUUGCAACGCAAAGAGGUGCAGUCAUCGUCACUUGAGUGGAGUUCAAAGCAACGCGGCACAGAACCCCACAGUAGGAACCCGAGGUCCAAGCUAGAUGGGUUAGUGUACACCCUUGACAACCCACGCUUAGAGUUUGGAGCUGUCGAAGUCUCAUCAGACUUUAAAAACACUAGCACACCAAAAUGGCUUAAUGACUCGAACAAGUUGUUGACGACAAUACACACCAUGGCAAUGCGCAUGAGCGACUUGGUCGAACAUCAUGAAGAUACCAUGAAGGCCUUACAAUUUGUAGCCUUCAUUCAUGCUGGUCUCAAGUUCCAGGUUUACAGACUGUUUAUGAUUUCCCAGACACAAUCUGUAUGCGUCCCUGGCAAGCUUCGCGAGGUUCCCCCGACUUUGGAUGAUCUUCAAGAAAUUAUCGAGCCCAUGAACAGUAUCCAUAUGGCGAUGGCAAGUAGUUCUGGAUGUUCUGUGAUUAACCCUUGCUAA